AGAUGUGAAUUCGUUUCUUAUCAACCCAAUCAACUUUGCUAAUUGCUAACUAAACAUUCCACCUAAUUUCAUCUUAAUUCCUUAUGAAUCCUCAAUAAAUUCCACACUCCUUCCCUCACUCCCACACCAAGCAAGGACCACUCUUCCAUUCAGUCAUUCAACACCUCACUCACUGAUUCUCAGAACACAAAAGAUGGUGAUGAUGAUGAAGAAACACCUUCUCUUCUCACUUUCACUUCUCCUAAUGGUUCUCUUCACUUCAGCUCAAACCACCCCAGCACCAUCACCUUCCUCAGCCCCAACAGACAUCAUCAGAAUCCUCAAAAAAGCCGGAGGAUUCACCACCCUUAUCCGUCUCCUCACCACAACACAAGUCUCAACCCAAAUCAACGCCCAGCUUUUGAACUCAAACAACGGAUUAACAGUGUUUGCACCAAACGACAAUGCCUUCCAAAGCCUCAAACCCGGCUUCCUCAACUCCCUCAACGAUCAACAGAAGAAUGAACUUAUCCAAUUCCACGUGCUACCAACAUUUGUUUCAAUCUCAAACUUCGACACUCUUAGCAACCCGGUUAGAACGCAAGCCGGUGAUGACCCUGAUAGGUUGGCAUUGAACAUAACAAGCUCAGGGAACCAAGUGAACUUGACAACAGGUGUUGUUAACACCACAGUUGGUGGAAGUGUUUACUCCGAUCACCAGCUCGCGAUUUAUCAAGUGGACAAGGUUCUUCUUCCGAGGGAUUUCUUCGUUCCUAAGCCUCCUCCACCAGCACCUUCACCUGCUAAGGCUAAGGCUUCUUCUGCAAAGAAAUCUACGGAGGGUCCUUCUGCUGCGGAUAAUGACUCUGCUGCUAUCAGCUUGAAACACAUGAAUAGAAUGUGGGUGAUGACCCUUGCAGUGGCUACUAUUGCAGCAGUGUUUUCGUUGUGACAAUUAUGAUAGCUUGAACGAGUUACUGGUACAUGAAGUAUGCUACUUGGGGUCCGAUGUUGUUGUGCUUUGUUAAAAUUUUCUACAUGCUUUUUUUGGGGGGAUUGGUUGGAUUAAAGGGGAAUCAUGAACUUUUUCUAGCACUUUUUAAUUAUUCUUUUGCUUCUUUUUGUAUUGAUUAAUUCAGUCUGUGGUGAAAUAUGUAUUGGAUUUUGAAGGUUUUUCUUUACUCGUUCGCAUCUUAUAUUGAGAAUUUUGUGUAUUGUUAGUUGCCAAAUGAAGAAUUUUUUCCACAAGUUUCAAUAGAAAAUGGGUCACAAGUUUCUUUUA